AUGCACGAAAUCGAACGACGGCCAGUGCACAUAAUGCCACUUAUGUCAAAUUUAACACAACAUGGGGCGAAUUCCUCGCUAACUAACUGGGCACCUAAAUUAGAAGCAUUCCUCUCACUUUGCAGGAGAUCUAGCCAUAACAAAAUGGAAUGGACAGAUGAUUACAUUUUAUCAGUAUACUCUAUUUUCUCUGCCAUACUCCUGAUGAUCAAGAAGAAAUUGAAUCAUAUUAAGUUCACUGACUGCCAAUCAGUAGUUAUUGAUGAAAAGACAGGACUGAGGGCAUCAGUUAGAAAACUCAAAGUUCCAGAUAUCCAUUUGCUCAAAACUCCAUUAGAUUUCUUUAAGAGAGGAUUAGAAAAAUCAAGACACAAACCUUGUUUUGGAACACGUGAAGCACUGACUUCACCAGUCAAAUGGAUAACUUAUGCAGAAGUGUAUGAAAAGAUUCAACUAAUGGGAUCGGCACUGACGAAACUAAUGGGGGAAAAUCCUAAGAAUAAUUUUGUUGGAAUAUAUGGGAGAAAUUCCCCAGAGUGGGUUAUAACACAGUUGGCUAAUACCGCCUACUCAUUUGUAACAGUACCUUUGUAUAGUACUUUCGGCACUGAAGCAAUUACUCAUGUUUGCAGCGAGACUGAGCUAAGAAUUAUCACAUGUGAUACAGUAGCUCAAGCAUAUAAUUUAUACAAAUUAAUGCCAAAAUAUAUUGAAACAUUCAUCGUUAUGAAGCCAGACGACACAUACCCAAGUGUUAAGAAAGAGCUGUCUGACAAAGUGAAACUGUUCACAUUCGAGGAAAUGUUGGAAAGAGGGCGUUCCCAACGCUGCACUAUGAAAGAAGCAAAGGACAAUGAUUUAUUUAUGAUAUGUUAUACAAGUGGAUCACUAGGCUUGCCUAAAGGAGUAAUGCUUACAUGUAAAGCAUAUGUAAAUGCAAUUCAUCGGACUAUCAGUAUUCAAGAAGAAAAUGUUAGUCAAUAUUGUAGUUAUUAUUUAUUGUUAUUCUGA